AUGAAGAAACCCAUUAUUCAGAGCUUGGUGGCUCUUGGCAGCCUCGUGGCCUUAGUACAAGGAUCGCCUCCCGGCGUAACUACUGUGCCGGCUGCCACCCCGUGCGGAACCGAAACUGUGAUCGUGACAACCUGCACUGAUGAGACCAUCACGAUCACCACCACGGGGCCUGCAACCGGCGAAAGCACUAUCCCGGCAUCUUCGACCUGUGGUACAGCGACUGUUGUGACAACCGAAGUUCCACCGCCAACCUCGUGUCCCGUUAAGCCGGACUGCCCGCCCUCGGGAUUGAACAUCGACUAUUACGCAAAUCAAUUCGGCUACAACGGGUACACAAGCCCUACAGCUGGUCAGAGUGAAGAAGAGGUAAUGCCACCAUCCUACUACAUCACCGAUGGACUUUCUUCCCUGGCUUCGUCAACCACGAAUGUCACCUACAUCCCACAGGAUUAUACCAACGACAUCCAAGCCCAAGGCUUUGAAGUCAUCUACCCGGACGCCAAAAACCCCAGUGUGCAGUACUUCGUCGGCUACACACGUGAAGUGAAUGGCGGAAUUGUCGUCAACGCGAACAAUUACACCCUCGUCUACGAAGGAUUCUAUCGCGCCCCUACAACAGGCGACUAUACAUUCUGUGUUUCGGUCGAUAAUGCGGACUACUUCUACCUCGGUGACGGGCUUGCAUUCGAUUGCGGCGACGGAACUCCCGAUCCCGAUGCCCCAGCCUUGAACGUUGCUUCUGCUGGUGGUAACUACAACAACCCGGUCUCCUGCGGCACCGUCAGUCUGGAUGCGGGCAAUUUCUAUCCAAUCCGCGAUGUGAUGGGUAACGGGGAUGCCGUAUCUGCAUUUAAUCUAACUAUCCAGGCCCCGGGAGAAGAGCCACAGAACGAUAACUCGGGACGUCUUUACCCCGUUGACUGUCGUUUGAAUGAGUAG